GUGAAGUAUUCAUUUCUUCAGUUCUUGAUCUGAAGCCGUGUCACAAGCAACACCUUCACAAUGGUGUCAAAUAGCACUUAUGCUUUGGGUCUCCUUUGCAUUUUGGUUUUUCUACAAGGAAGUUCACCGAUCCUAGCCCAGAGUGAUGAUUAUGUGGCCCUAUGUAACUUGACCGAUAGCAUUGCUGUCGACCUUGAUCUGUUCUCUGGAAUUUGGUGGGAAGUGGCUCGUCAGCCGUCCGGCAUCGAUUUCUGCACUGAGGUGAAUAUUACGGUGCUUAAUAAAACCGUCGAUAAUGUGCUGAUCGAUACCACAUAUGCCGUAUCUCCCGAUUACCCGUGGGUGAAUCAAACCAUGAACGCCACCAUCACUGUGGAGAAUAACACGGUGGCCCAGGAUGGGUACAACUUCACCUACUGGAACCCACCUGGCUAUACCCCCUAUACAGUGUACAAGGUCCUUUACACUGACUACACCGAUGUGGCCUUCCUUUGUGGAUAUACCAACAAGACUGAUAACGGCACUUCCUUCGGAAUUAUCCUUGCUAGGGAUCGCACGCCCACCACGCAAGUUUUGAAUAAACUCGAGGGUCUUGGCUCUAGUAUAUCUUCAAACUUCUUAAAUGGCACCAUGUCCGCGAUAACUCAGGGCGAAUCUUGCUAUGCACCAUCCGGAUCCAACCCAUCGACUAUUAUUUCCACAAUGUUGAUUGCCAUGGCUUUUAUUCUUGGCAUUUCUGCUGACCGUCAAAUAAUUUAGAUUAUAUCAUGCAAGGCAGAUAACAACAACGGCCAAAAAAUAUGUUUUCUUAUCUUAAAUGUUCUUUAAAUUUGCCUUGUAUAUAAUUUCCAUGUAAAGCUCUAAUAAAUAAAUACCUAUUCAUUAUCGAUGUAA